AUGGAACAAGAUAAUCAUAAACGAUUAGCUGAAACUCAAGAAAAAGAAAAUUCACGAUCAAUACGUGAUUUUAUUGUUCCAUCAUCUGCAUUAACUAAAUUAACUGCAGCUGAACUUAGUCUUGUGUACCACGGCGUCCGUCAUGGAUACAGUUACAUUAGUCAAUCAUGUACUUUUGAUCUAUUAAAAAAAAUUUUCGGUGAAUCUUAUAUAGGACAGAAUAUUUGCUGCGGUAAAACAAAAGCUCGUGAAUUAUCUGUAAAUGUUCUUGUUGUAGAACAGCCAUUUGAAUCAGCUGAAGCUAUUGUUAAAACAAUUCAUCAUGUAUUAAAAAAACAUAAUCUUAAUAUUGAAAAAUUAACAUCUAUUGGAGCUGAUAAUAUUAAUACAAAUUAUGGUCGAUAUCAUUCAGUUUUUAGUAUUAUGAAGCUUGAGAUUUUAAAUUUGUUUAAAGGAAAUUGUUUUUGUCAUAUUUUAUCUAAUUCAGUCAAAACGUCUCAUCAUUAUUUACCUGUUGAUGUUGAGUCAUAUUUAUCUCAGUUAUAUAGUCACUUUAGUUCAUCGUCAAAACGUGUGGCUGAAUUAAAAGAAUAUUUUGAGUUUGUCGAAGAAGAUUAUCUACGUUUGCUUCAACACAUAAAAAUUCGGUGGCUUAGUUUGUACAACUCAAUUGAUCGUUUACUAAAAGUCUAUGAUCCUUUAUCAUCAUAUUUUUUUGAAAAUGAUAAAGAAAAUGAAGAUCAAACAACAUAUCCACAGAUUAUCAUCAAUUUUUUUUCAUCAACUGUGUCCAAAUGUACAUUACAUUUUUUACAUCAAGUAUUAUUUGAUAUUCAACUAAAAAAUUUAGAAUUACAACAAUAUUCUACAUCAUUUGCUGAUUUACAUAGAAUUAUUACUAGUUUAUUGAAAAAACUCAACGAUCGUCUUGAACAGAAGUAUUUUGGCCAUCACACCAGAUCAAUAUUGAAUUCAAUGUCAAAAGACGACCAAGAAAAAACAAUUUCAUCAUUUACACAAUAUUUAUCAAACGUUAUUAAAUACAUAAAUAAAUAUUAUGAAGAACAUUCAUUAUUAGCUGAAACUUUAUCUAUUUUUGGAAUAAUUGAAAUUGAUCAAAUAAAAUUUGAUCAAAUUGAACGUUGUGUGAACAUUCUUAAACUUGAACUUGAUCAUGAUCAGUUGUUUGAAGAAAUGAUCAAUUUACAAACAACGUUCAAAAAGGUUACUUCGUAUCGUGAACCACUCUAUGUUCAAAUACAAAAACAUGUUGGUAAUAACAAUUUUAUUUUUGAUGAUACUGAAGAAACACAUGAAGAAGAAACACAUGAAGAAGAAACAUUAAUUCAUAAAACAACAACAUCGAAUGAUGAAUAUAAUCAUCCGAAAAUUCGUCCUGAUCAACUUUGGGCUUACCUUAUUUCAAAAACAACACCAAAUUGUCAAGAAAUAAUAAAAUUACUUUCUUUUGUAUAUUCAAUUCCAUGUUCUAAUGCUUUUACUGAAGGUGUAUUUAAUCAUAUGAAGCUCGCAUGGACACCUAGUCGAAAUUCAAUGAAUGUUGAAACUGUUGCUGCUGAAUUACAGAUAAGAUUAAAUUUGCACAUUAUUCAAAUGUUAUAUCGACGAAAUUCGGCCUAUGUAAUUGACGAAAGAUAA